CUUUGGUAAUCUUUUGCUUUUGGAAAUUUGUCAUGGAUGUUUAUUGUUUACGAUUUAUUUAUGUACCUAGGUACUUUAUUAUUUCAGUCAAGGAUAACAAUAUUAUAGGAUUUUAAUAGAAGUUUGAAGGAAUUUUAGUUAAAUUGUAGUGUAACACAAAUUGAAAAACAUGGAAGGUGUAGAUUCUGAAGUACAAGUGACUAUAAACAGACCAAAACGAAUCAUUCACUUCAGCGAUGGGGUUGAAGAAGAAAUCGAGGAGGAAAAGGUGAAUGAGUUGCAAAGUGCUCCUGAAACUGAACAAAGCGUAGAUCCAAAAAAUCUAUCGUGGGGCCCAUGGCUUUCACAUUAUGCUUUGAAAUCUGGCUCAUCAGUCCUCUAUGCAGUUGAUUAUGCUGGCGAGUCACUGGCCACUUUCUUUGGCAUCACCACUCCUAAAUACCAAAUAGAAAUAGAUGAAUAUGAGCGAAUACAAGAAGAGAAACGGAAGUUGGAAGAGGAGUCUGCUGGGUGGGUGCCAAGGAAUGUAGAGGGGGAAAUACCUUUAGUUAUGAGUGAACCGUUAAAAAAAGAACCUGAACAGGUUUGAUUGAAGAUGUAUAUACAUCUUUGGACUAUUUGAUGGACUUUGUUCUUGGUGCUAACUUAGUUGUACACAAAAAAUUGAAUAAUAUUCAAAAGGCUGGCAUGAUUUUAGUUCUUCUUUCGUUACGUUGACUAAAAAUAUUUAUUAAGUACUGUAUGCGACAGGUUAAGAAUAUAGAACUAAAUUAGCACCAUGUUUAAGAAUGAAAACUAACUAAAACUAAAUUAUUGUAUUUUAAAAUUUGUAAUUGUAAAUCUUUCACUUUGCAUGGCAAUGUCCACUGCAAAUUGCAACCUAAAUAAUAAUUCUAUUAUUAGUAUGUAUCAAUCAACAAAUACCAUACUGCAAUAUGUGUAUUAAGCAAAUAAAUCAGUAUUAGUAAUCCUUUGUAAUUUGAUAAGUUUUGUAAAAUUUUCAAAAAAAAAAAAAAAUGUUUACCUAUUUACGAUAUUUGAGCUACUAUAAUUUUAAAAUUUGUACAGGACUUUAAAUAAAUGAGUCUACUUAUGGUUUAAAAAAUGUUGAAGUAGUCUUAUUUAAAAAUAAUAAAAUUUUAACUAUUUAUUGUAAUUAUUGUAUUAAUUUUAACUACCUAAUCAUUUUUAUGUUUACUGCUUGAGUUUUAUGUACCUUGAGUUUAAAUUAUGAAUAAUUUAACUAAAUAAAUGUAGUAACCUUUUAACUUAUGUAUAUUAAUUAUGUUUUGGUUCUAGCUGGGCAUGUGUUUAUUCCUUGAUGAUGACAAAUAACUGGGUUGAUCUUAUGAUGAUAUUUGCUUAAGUUCAGUUAGUAAUAAUAAAUAAUAAUCAUUA